ACGCCAACGAUGUACUACUUUCGUUGCCAUUGAAAGACACUUGAUUUUUAACGGUGUCUUUUGCUAGAAAGCACGAUAGGAUUGGAUUUGGUCUGCUGUAAAAACGGGGACCCGUUAACAUACAUUCGUGUCGUUAUGAUAAGGGAGCGGCGCUCAAGAAAGUGGCCGCUACUUGGCCACCGUCGCAUUGCACCGUACGUUCCUCUACAUACACAGGUGACUAAUUAUAAUGAGAAGGAUUAGGAAAUCGUUGUUGUUCUUGAACUUCGGAGGCCGCGGUCAGUCCAUCCAGAAGAUUCUUAUCGGCCAGCGAACGAGAAAAUAAGUCACAGAAAGUCAGACGCUGAAGAAGUGACAUCUAAUAUUACGUCUAUAAGGAUAAUUAUAAUAAUCCUUUACGUAAAAGAUUUUUCAUGUUAACUGAAAGUAAUUUUCCUGGUGCGGAAGUGAUUCUAUGAAUAUUUAAAAAGCCCGGAAACGGGAAAUCGCGUAAUAUUUAAAGAUUGCAGAAGUGCAAGUGAAAUUAGUUAUCAGAGUGCAAUUAAAGUGAUCAUUUUAUAGAGAAAAUCCCAGUGAGACGUCGUACAAUUAAAAACUUGCAAUGAGUACACUAAUGGCGCCCCUGCAGGGCCUAGGCCUGGGUUUAGGAGCUACUGCAGCGUCAAAUUUGGCGGUUUUUAUUCCUCUUUUGUUAACUGCCAUAGCCUACUACCAAUACGAAUUGAUAGAUCCAGAAGCGAGACCGAUAAACACGGAAACAGAUGAAUUGUUGGAAUCAUAUGACUUUAUAGUUGUAGGAGCAGGAUCAGCAGGGGCGGUAGUAGCAAGCAGGCUUAGCGAAAUCGAAAACUGGAACGUUCUCCUACUAGAAGCAGGUGGCGAUGAAACGGAAAUAUCAGACGUACCUCUCAUGGCCGCCUAUUUACAAUUAUCCCAGCUUGACUGGAAAUACAAAACGGAACCACAAAAGGACGCAUGUCUGGCCAUGCAAGGCGAGAGAUGUAAUUGGCCUAGAGGCAAAGUAAUGGGCGGAUCAUCGGUUCUCAAUUACAUGUUGUAUGUUAGAGGAAACAAGAAAGAUUACGACAUUUGGGAAGGUAUGGGAAAUCCGGGUUGGGGCUCCAGAGAUGCUCUUUACUACUUCAAAAAAUCCGAAGAUAAUCAGAAUCCGUAUCUCGCUCGCACACUUUACCACGGUGAAGGUGGAUACCUCACAGUAUCUGAAGCACCUUAUCAUACACCACUGGCAAAAAGUUUCAUAGAAGGUGGCAAACAAAUGGGUUACAUGAACCGGGAUAUUAACGGUGAAUAUCAGACAGGAUUCAUGGUUGCUCAAGGAACCAUCAGGAGAGGAUCCAGAUGUUCAACGUCCAAAGCCUUCUUAAGACCUGUCAGGUUACGGAAAAAUCUUCAUAUUGCCAUGAAUGCCCAUGUCACAAGAGUGCUUAUAGAUCCAACAACAAAGGUGGCCUUUGGUGUGGAAUUUAUCAGGGACAGGAUGGUUCACAGAAUAAGGGCAAAUAAAGAAGUCAUCCUAUCAGCAGGAGCCGUGAACUCUCCACAAAUUCUAAUGCUAUCUGGAGUCGGCCCAAAAGAGGAUCUCAUCAAUCUUAAAAUUCCACUAAUUCAAAAUCUACGAGUCGGUCACAACCUUCAAGAUCACAUAGGUCUUGGUGGUCUCACGUUUAUGUGCAACCAACCGGUGUCGAUCACCCUUUCGAGAAUAUAUUCAGUCAGCUCUGUUAUGGAUUAUGCGAUACUUGGAGGAGGUCCAUUGACUAUUAUGGGAGGAGUGGAAGGACUUGCUUUUGUCAACACCAAAUAUGCGAAUGCCUCUGAUGACUUUCCUGACAUAGAAUUUCAUUUCAUCUCUGGAUCGACUAAUUCCGAUGGAGGAGCUCAAUUAAAGAAAGCUCAUGGACUCAAGGAAGCUUUCUACAAGGUUAUAUUCGACCCAAUCAAUAGCAAGGAUGUUUGGAGUGUCAUCCCUGUUCUUCUCAGACCAAGAAGUAGAGGAGUUAUUAAACUUCGCAGCAGAAAUCCACUCGACUAUCCAUUAAUUUAUCCUAAUUACUUUUCUGACGAUUUCGAUAUGAAGACCCUCAUAGAAGGGGUGAAAAUAGGAGUGGCCUUAAGUACCACACCUGCCUUUAAAAAAUACGGAAGCCAAAUGGUUGUGUUUCCUCAAUGCAUGCACCACGAAAUGUAUUCAGAUGCGUAUUGGGAAUGUAUGAUAAGACAUUAUUCAGUUACCAUUUACCAUCCUAUCGGGACUUGUAAAAUGGGUCCUUACUGGGAUGAAGAAGCCGUUGUGGAUCCUCAGUUGAGAGUUUAUGGUAUAAAAGGAUUAAGAGUCAUAGAUGCGUCAAUUAUGCCAACUAUGGUAAGUGGAAAUACAAAUGCACCAGUAAUUAUGGUCGGAGAAAAGGGAGCGGAUUUGAUAAAGGAGUUUUGGUUGAAUUCGAUUCAUUCGUCGAGGAGGCGUCGAAGAAAGGGUUCAGGAAUUUAAGAUAUUUCGUCAGCUAUAAUGGCCAAAGUCCAACUUCUUCUUUCUGGUUCCUGAAUUCUGCAAUGGUCAGGGUUAAUUUCCUACAGUCGGAAUCAUCUUCAAUCAGCUCUCACAACAAUAGACCACUGAAGACGCUGACAAUAGCAGCCGGCGAAACAUUGAGGAGAAGUCAACUCGGACCACGACGGAACCCAGAAGCCAGGAAGAUGACCCACGAGUUUAAUUAUGAAGAACCUAAUAUUUAUUGAUUUUUACACAGAUAAUUUUAAGAGGAAAAUUAUUUAUUCUGAAAGAAAACAAAAAUGAAGAACUGUAAAUAUAGAUGUAUAAAUAUAGACUGAUUAAAUGUA